GCCUAUUCUCAAGUUCUUCCGCUGCUUGAGCUGUUUGCCCUGGGCUUGGCUUUCCUGUGACCUCCCUGCACCAGGUAGAAACUGAAGACCAGCUACUGCAGACAAGUAGCUCCCCACCUUAGGGCUGUUCUACCCCGAUUGGCUCCCCUUUCACAUUCUGCCUGUGUGGGAAAUUAUGAGCAAAGACAGAACGGUAGACAAUUGACAUCUAGAAACCACAAGGUCUUGUAAAAGAUCAGGUCUAUAUACCACCGAAGACACAACAAUGGCUUUAUCUCUGGAAGAAUUUGUCUACUCCCUUGACCUGAGGACCCUCCCCAGGGUCCUAGAAAUCCAGUCAGGCAUCUACUUUGAAGGGUCUGUUUAUGAGAUGUUUGGCAAUGAAUGCUGUUUGUCAACAGGAGAAGUGAUUAAAAUCACCGGUCUCAAAAUUAAGAAGAUGAUGGCUGAAAUCUGUGAGGGCGCUAUUGGAGGUUCUGAGUCUCUGAAGCCUUUUGAGCUGCCCAUGAAUUUUCCAGGUCUCUUUAAGGUCAUGGCUGUUAAAACUCCAUACCUGUCAAUUGAAGAAAUCACAAGAACCGUUAAUAUUGGACCCAGCAGACUAGGUCAUCCUUGCUUUUAUCACCUGAAGGAUAUAAAACUAGAGAAUCUCAUUAUUAAGCAGGGUGAGCCAAUCCGGUUCAACUCAGUUGAAGAGAUUAAUGGAGAAACGCUGGUGAAUUGUGGUGUGGUAAGGAAUCAUCAGAGCCACUCAUUUACUUUGCCAUUGUCACAAGAAGGAGAAUUUUAUGAGUGUGAGGAUGAACAUAUCUAUACCCUAAAAGAAAUUGUUGAAUGGAAGAUUCCCAAGAACAGAACACGGACAGUGAAACUUACAGAUUUCUCAAAUAAGUGGGACUCAACCAAUCCAUUCCCAGAAGACUUUUAUGGUGCACUGAUUCUCAAACCUGUUUAUGAAAUCCAAGGUGUGCUGAAAUUUCAAAAGGACAUAGUCCGGAUUCUCCCAAGUUUAGACGUUGAAGUCAAAGAUAUUACUGAUUCUUAUGAUGCUAACUGGUUUCUUCAGUUGCUGUCUACAGACGAUCUUUUUGAAAUGACCAGCAAAGAGUUUCCUGUAGUAGCUGAAGUUGUUGAAAUAUCUCAAGGGAACCAACUGCCCCAAAGUAUUUUGCAGCGUGAGAAAACCAUUGUCAUCCACAAAAAGUACCAGGCUUCGAGGAUCUUAGCUUCAGAAAUUCGCAGCAAUUUCCCUAAAAGACACUUCUUGAUCCCUAUUAGCUACAAAGGCAAGUUCAAAAGAAGACCACGGGAGUUCCCCACGGCCUAUGACCUGCAGAUAGCUAGGAGCAAGAGAGAAACUCUCCACGUGGUGGCCACCAAAGCUUUCCAUACACUUCACAAGGAGCUGUCCCCUGUGUCUGUUGGAGACCAGUUUCUAGUGCAUCAUUCAGAGACCACCGAAGUUGUCUUUGAGGGAACAAGAAAAGUAAACGUUCUGACCUGUGAAAAAAUCCUCAGUAAGACCCGUGAAGAAGCACAGCUUCCUCUGUAUAUGGAAGGAGGUUUUGUAGAGGUGAUCCAUGAUAAGAAACAGUAUCAGAUUUCUGAGCUCUGUACACAGUUUUGCUGGCCCUUCAAUGUGAAGGUGGCUGUGAGAGAUCUCUCCAUUAAAGAUGACAUUUUGGCAGCUACCCCAGGACUUCAGUUAGAGGAGGACAUCACAGAUUCUUACUUACUUAUCAGUGACUUUGCAAAUCUUGAGGAAUGUUGGGAAAUCCCCAUGAGCCGCUUGAACAUGACUGUUCGACUAGUUAAUAGUAGCAGCUUGCCUGCAGAGGCAGGGCGACUUCAAGUUAGGAGUUUUGUAGAAGAGAUUACAGAAGAACAGUAUUACAUGAUGAGGAGGUAUGAAAGUUCUCUAUCACAUCCCCCACCUCGCCCUCCCAAACAUCCCUCAGCUGAGGAAAUGAAGCUAACCUUGCUCAGCUUAGCAGAAGAGAGAACAAUAAAUCUGCCCAAGUCUCUCAAGAGUCACCAUGUAGACAGACCCAAGAAGCUUCCCUCAGAUGAAAGUGGCCAGGAUUCAAGAGCGCGAGUUGGUUUUCAGAAUGAUGUGGCUGACGUGGAGAGACAGAAGAGCAAGCAUGGGCCACUGCAGCCGCAAGCACCGAUGUGACAUGACUCUUCAAAACUGAAAAACAUAAAAAAUAACAAGACGCGAUGGAAGCCACUUGGGCAGUAAACAUAAAUGUUGCAAUGGAGAAGAAAGUCUAGCCUUCCAGCUGAAAAACAACAAUUCCCCAGUGGACUCUGGCAGAAUCUGGACUGGCCACUGCAAAGACAAAAACAAGCUUAAAUGUUUUAUCACAUAGAGCUCAAAGAGAGACACAUGAUAUGGAAUUUAAAUUGUCUAUUUGGUUUCCUAAAACCCACAAGUGUGGUUUUCUUGUUGUUUAAGACAUAUUUAUUUAAUAUGCAUUUUUAUGUAGCUUACUUUUGCUAUCAACAAUUGGCAAUUAGAAAUAAUUUUGUACUUCAAUUAUUCAGUAGGAUCCUAUCUUUAAAAGUCUAAACACUCACUGAAUGUUCACCUUUAUUUCCAAGCAGUUUUCUUCCUAUUUUUCCAGGUUCAUCAUCAUUUCUGCUAAAGUCAAUAAGGAAAAUGAAUUACAUCUGACAGUGACUUAAAAUGGCCAAGUAUCUUCUCUGAUUCCUUGGGGACUGUGAAAAUAAAUUUGACUUCACAUUUUCAAUUUGUUUUAUAAUACAGUGUAAAUAAAUGUCAACUCCCAACAACUGGCACCAUUAUGAGUCACAGAACCUUCUCUAACCUCCUCCCUCUACUUCUAAAAGGGAGAGUUGCUGACCAAAGAAUCACCCAGGUUUUGAAAAAUUGCCUUGUACUUUAUAUACUAUAUUCUUGAUCUUGCUUCUAAUGAAUGCUUACUAGGAUUGUAGUAAACCAUUUAGUUAACCAUAAUAUUUGAUGGGAAGAAAGGAACAAUAUAAUUGUAAUGAGCCUUAUAAAUAUAGUUGACAGAAGCCAAAGAGAUUAUUAAUGAAUGCAUAACAGAAUAGUACUUAUAGCUAUAUGCCUGUAAAAAUUAAAGGCAAACAUAUUUUAUAAGUUUUCUUAUUAUGUGUUAAAUAUACAGAAAUAAUAUUACUUUUGUCUUUCAUAACGUGAAGAGACUGAGAAUUUUUCUAGUUAGGUUACAUAGAGAAUAGUGGGAAGCCUUAGGUUUUGUUGAUAAGUCAGACUUUUACAAAACUUUACUCUGAUCUCAUAAUUAAUUUAUGAGUUGGAUAAAAGUAUUUGAUGAUUUAGUACUGAAGAGUCUUUAAAGAUAGCAACCUAUGAGAUAAUUUUCAUCAUAUAAUCACAACUGGAGAUCUUUUAUAUAAUGUUUAUAUCCUGAUUUCUUAUCCUUUUCUCUUUAAAUAAUAACUAAUCUUUAUUUUAAUGCUUUAAAAAUUGCUCAAUGACUUAACUGUUAUCAUAUUACAUGCCAAUAAUAAAAUUUUAGGAGAUGUAUCAUGUGUAAUUAAUAAAAUAUGAGGUGAUUGUUUUUGAAUUUUUUUAGUUUAGUUUACACACAUUUGAUCAGUAAAUGAGAAAGUUGAUGUCUCUGCAUUUGGGUUUUUAGACACCAUAGAGAAUCAUGACCCAACCACAUAGCCUAAGAAAGCUAUACUAUGGAUAAUCUGGGACCAGUACAAUUUUCACCUAAGAGUGAGCACUGAAUUAGUUUGGUAUAUGAGCACAGUUGAAUUUGGACUUUUUGUAAGCCCAUGUCUUUGACUAGAAAAUGAGAAAAUGAAUUCUCUUCCUUUAGUUGUGAAUCAUCAAAAACUUUCUACCAUAAAUCAUGUCUACCAUUUCUAUCUUAAUGAAAUUCCCCUUGCAUAACCUGCUUCUAGUUGUCUUGGAAUCAAAAAUACAAUAAACUUUAUGACCUGUCCAAGAUCUUG